AUGGGCAAAUUUCGUCCAAGUAACAUCCUUGGCGAUCCGUUCGCGCUCGCGACCGUCUCCAUCUCCAUUUUGGCAUGGCUGAUCGCCUUCAUCUCAUCCAUCAUUGCGGAUGUGCAAAAGGCCAAAUACCCCAAUUACUCGUGGUGGGCCAACUGCUACAUGUUCUGCGUGAUCAUGGGGCUUGUUGUGACUUUUGGCACUGACACGGGCCACCUAUAUGGCGUCGCAAUCGUCGGCUACCUGGGCUGUGGUCUGGUCCUGACAUCCCUGAGCGCUAACAACCUGAUCUACGAGAGCCAGGGCUCAAUGCAAGCCGCCGGCGCAGGCUUCAUCCUCCUCUCCAUGGUCAUCAUCAUCUGGAUCUUCUACUUUGGUUCCACCCCACAAGCCACCCACCGCGGCUUCAUCGACUCCUUCGCCCUGAACAAAGAACAACCCGCCGAGCCCUCCUACCGCGGCAGUCGCCCCAUGUCCAGCGCCUUCGGUGCCCGCCCCGAGACCAUGGCAACCAACAACACCCCCCAGAUGUACACCUCCGCCCAACUAGGCGGCUUCGAGACCUCUUCCCCCGUCUCUGGCUACCCCGGUGGAGCGCCCGGUGCCGAGCGAACAUCCUCGGCGCCCCGCUUUGGCACACCGAAUCCCAACCAAGGCAACGAGCAGGAGACCGGAGAAGUACCCCAGCCAACCGACUACCCAUACCGCGCGAAGGCGAUCUACUCGUACGACGCCAAUCCCGAAGACGCGAAUGAAAUCAGCUUCGCCAAGCAUGAGAUCCUCGAGGUGUCCGAUGUCAGCGGCAGAUGGUGGCAGGCUCGGAAGCAAAAUGGAGAUACUGGCAUUGCGCCAUCGAACUAUUUGAUCCUUCUGUGA